CAAACCAGUCUGUUGACGUCAAGUAAUUUCUAUAUCGAGGAGGGAACGCCCGCUUGUGUUGUGGCUUUGACACACUUACGAACUUUUGUGAAAUAAACAGAUUCAGGUGUAAUGUUUAAGGAGUUAGCUCCACUAAUAAUGAAACACACGAUGUGCACCCGUUCCCAUCUCACGCCGGAGCUGGUGCUGAGGUUGAUAACACCGAUAUGUCCGCUGUGGAAAGCCACGGAAGACGAGCUGCCCUUCAAGGAUCCAUUCUGGGCGUUCUACUGGCCAGGCGGGCAGGCUACGGCAAGGUAUAUUCUCGACAAUAAAACUUUAGUGGAAAAUCAUCGCAUCAUCGAUGUUGGUUGUGGCUGCGGCGCUGGAGCCAUUGCUGCUGCAAAAAUGAAUGCUGACUAUGUUCUAGCAAACGAUAUAGACGAAUGUGCCACUACCGCGUCAUUAAUCAACGCAAAUUUAAACAAAGUAUCUAUAGAAACUAGUGUAAGGAACUUCAUAGGCAGCGACUGCAGAGACUUUGAUACGAUUCUCAUAGGAGACAUGUUCUAUGAUGAGGAUUUCGCGAGUCUGCUGUUUGAUUGGCUUAGGGGCCUCAGUUCUGAUGGUAAAACGGUUAGUGUCGUUAUAUCUAAGUCCUGCUACUUAGAUUAUCUCUUAAAUUUAUAAAUCAUAAAAACGGAGACUUCAUGAAUUUUUUAACCCUCUAUUGCAUACAGAGCCAUUUUUGGCUGCUAAACUUUAGUAAUUUUUU